AAGCUGCAAUUUAGCACGGUUAACGCUACUGUUUUACUGUUAGUUAACGUUUGUUAGCUAACAUCAGCUAACCAGCUGACUAACAGCUACUCUGUCUCUAAAUGGAUCAUACGGAGGAUUUAUCUGCUCGGGUCCUGCUGAAAAAUAUCCUCAGCACCGAGCCACCCAGGACCCCCAUCACCCGCAGUGCCUCCAAAGUGCAGAGUACCAGCGGGACCCGACGCAGCAAUAGACUGAGCAAGAAAGAUGCUGGAGCCCGAACCCCACAGGACAUUCUGAGGCGCAGCUUGAAACAUAAAAUGCGUGAGAGUAUAACCAGGAAGUCCCUGCCGGCUACUACAAGGAAGACUGCCUCGUUCGUGCUCAGAAAGGCUAAUACGCCUGGCCCAGCCUCAGUGCUGUUUGAUGAUGGAGACACACCAAGACAUAUACUCAGGAACAUCCUGAGGACAGAACCUGUGAGGUCCCCAGUGGUUCAUGACAAAGCUGUGUCAGAAGGGCCACAGCUGCCUUCAGCCAACUCCAGCAUUACCAGCAAGCGUCCAAGUAUGGAGCUCUCUGGACUGGAUCUGCCUGAUUUAACUAUUGGCAAUACACUAAGCACUGGAAAGGGACUGAGCAGAAAGAGACCUCGUCGGAGCCUUAAUGUAACAGCUUUUGAAAAACGACUUAAAGAUGGAAAAGAUGUUGAAGAGGAAAAUGAAGAAUCAAUAAGUGACCAUUCAUCCCUUUCUUUGUCAAGUUCUACUUCUUUGAGUCUAAAAACACCCUUUGUGGAUGUUCAAACUGAGAAAAGGGGCCUGCAGAGAAAAGUUUCCAACCGUCGAAAAAUCACAGAGGAAGAAUUUGGAGCUGCUGUAAAUAGAUGGCAGAUGGGAAAUGAUCAUGGAGUGAGCAGCUUUGCCCCAGUGGAGCAAGGUCUCCAAGAGACCACCUACUCUGACGGCUUCACCCUGGGCCUAAGCGAACUCAGUGAACCUGAUAUCACGACUGACGUUGUCAACUGUAACACGGCCCUCUACACCCAGCCCGAUGCCAUGGCCUCCAGCUUUUACAAUGUUGCAACGCAGGACAAACCCACAGUGAUGGCUUCUCAGCUUCAGAGACAGAUGAGAGACAUAACGCAGAUGGAAGCAGAGCAGAGCAAGCUGGGGAAAGACAAGUCAAUGUAUGUAUUUCCAACUGAGGAGGAGGUUAUGGCACAACCUCAGAAUGAAGAAUGUGCUUCUGAGUUGCAGUCGGAGAAAGAUGUGGAUGCAGGAAUGGAGGAAUGGAAGAGUACUGAUGGUCACCCUGAAUCUCAGCCUUGUGUAAGCCAUGAUACAGCAGAGUCUGAGGAAGAGGAGAACAGAGUGGAAGCUCAAACAGAAGAGGAAGGUGCAGCUGAUCCUCACAGCGAAGGGUAUGUUGCAAGCAGGUCUCAGUCUGAGGAAGAAGAUGUUGUACCUGACUCCCAAAUGGAAGGAGAAGAAGGUGGAGUUGAUUCCCAGCCUAAAGAGGAUGUUGCAGCUGGGUCUCAGUCUGAGGAAAAGGAGGUUACACUGGACUCUCAAACUGAAGAAGAGGAGGAAGGUGCAGCUGAAUCUCAAACUGAAGUAAAAGAAGAAGGUGCAGUUGAUUCUCAAUCUGAGGAGGAUGGUGAAGACGGGUCUCUGUCUGAGGAAGAGGGGGAUGCAGAGGAAGAUCACAGUGAUCAAGAAGAACCUGCAGCAAGUUCUCAAUCUGAGGAAAAUGGGGAUAUAGCUGAGUCUCAGCCCGAAGAUGGGCAUGAUGGGAAACAGGAGGAGGAAGGGGGUGAGCAGGUAUCAGAACAGCUGGAACAUGACUUGGAGCACAUUAGUCGAAGGGCUCAUCGCUCUGAGGGUGGACUCAUUAUGCCUGUUACAGAAGCAGAUGCCACAGAUGCAGGAUGGUCUGAGGGCAAGUCCGAAGCACUCAGUGCCACUGAUCUACACAGAAGCUUGGAAACAGGAAGCCAUGAGAGCAGCCAGCCUCAUGUUGGGAUGCCUGACCUCGUUGAGUCUUCAACCCAUGGAGAGGAAGAUGCUUCUUGUACAGAGGCCGAGCCGAGUGCUGAUAAAGAGAACUCCUUUCAUCUUCUGCAGGUGACGCAUGAUAUUGAAGACAGCGGCCACCUGCAUAAUGCUUCACCUGAAGAAGCUGCUGCUGAGGACCCUGCUGAACAGGAGGAAGAAUGGGAGGAUGAAGAAGAAGAUGGUGAAGAAACUGAGGAGUUCCCCUGCACGACUCCAGCAUUUGUCAGAGAGAAAAGGAACUUUUUUCGCCCUGAUCCUCUGGACUCACCUUCGGUUCUUAAAAAUAUUCAAGCCAGUAGUACAAGUCAAGCUUUACCUGCAGCUAAACCUAAGCAGGUGCGGAGGAAGAGAGCGCCAACUAAGAAAGAAGCAGGCCUUCCUAAGAACUACCUUAUGGGUGUGUUCAAGCACUUUGCCAAAACAAAGGUCUCUGCCGAUGUUUACCCUGCCCUAAAAGAAAUAAUGGAUAAAUUCUUUGACCGGCUGGCGGAUGACUUGGAGACGUAUGCAAGUCAUGCAAAGAGAAAAACCAUAGACGUUGAGGAUGCUGAACUUCUGUUGAAAAGGCAGGGUUACGUGAAUGACAAGGUGCCGGUGGAAGUGCUUAUUGAAAAAUAUCUUCGCAUGGAGCAGCGCAAGCUCCUGAUCCCCAUUGCAACCAGUGGAAAUGUUGUUAUCCCUAAAAAACGAAGGUGAAUGUUUUAUGUACAGCUACAUAUUUUUUUCUGAUUGAAACUCUUUGACUGCAACAUAUUUUCCUUACACUGCAUUUGAUUGUCUCUGUUUGUAGUGCUGUUAGUCAGAAUAUAAAGAUGUAAAAUUUGUAAAUAUUUGUUGAUAUUAUUUACCAAAACAUCAGUUUUUGUAUGUGAUGUCUGUAUUUUUCUUUCUAUCGUUCUUAAUUUCUAUUCUGUGUUGCUGUAAUAGGUGAGGGUUGAUUAUGCAGAUAUUCGCUUUUUAUUAUCACUUAAGAUUACUACAAGUAUAUGUCAGCUUUCUUCAUUUACCUUUUGAUGCAUAUAUUUUCUGACAGCAUGAAACAAAA